CCCCCUGUCAGGCCAACAUGGCGGACAUUAAGAACUUCCUGUAUGCCUGGUGUGGGAAGAAGAAGCUGACUCCCAGCUACGACAUCAGAGCUGCAGGGAACAAAAACAGGCAGAAGUUUCUGUGCGAGGUCCGUGUCGAUAGCUACAACUAUAUCGGGAUGGGAAACUCCACCAACAAGAAGGACGCUCAGACCAACGCUGCCAGAGACUUUGUCAACUACCUGGUCCGAAUCGGGGAAAUGAGUGCAGCGGAGGUUCCAGCUAUGGGGGUGAGCGCUCCAGGUGGAGACCAACCUGAUGGAGGAGGAGCAGGAGGAGGAGACGCUGGCUUUGGAAGCCUCCCCUCCAGCGGUCCUCUGCCACCUCACCUUGUGAUAAAAAGUGAAAAAGAAGAGGACGGCAGCAGCGGGCCGGUACCAGGAGUGACUGGACUCGGCUACUCAGGAGGAGGAAACUCUGGUUGGGGGGGAGGAGGAGGAGGAGAAGGAGCACAGUGGGACCGAGGAGCCAACCUGAAGGAGUACUACGCCAAGAGAGACGAACAGGAAGCACAGGCGACUCUGGAGUCGGAGGAGGUGGACCUGAAUGCUAAUCUCCACGGUAACUGGACGCUGGAGAACGCCAAGGCCCGUCUGAACCAGUUCUUCCAGAAGGAGAAAGCCACCGCUGAGUAUAAAUACAGCCAAGUGGGACCGGACCACAACAGGAGCUUCAUAGCAGAGAUGCAGCUGUUUGUGAGACAGCUCGGCAGAAGGAUCACGGCUCGAGAGCACGGCUCCAACAAGAAGCUGGCGGCCCAGUCGUGUGCUCUGUCUCUGGUCCGACAGCUGUACCACCUGGGAGUCCUGGAGGCGUUCUCUGGAGUCACCAAGAAGAAGGAGGGAGAAACUCUGGAGGUGUUCGAGGUCAACGUGUCUCCAGACCUGCAGCAGCAGCUGGCCAACGUCAUCCAGGAGCUUGGAGUCCACAUUCCCCCACCUCCUGCAGACCCGUCAGACUCAGUGUCUCUGAUUCAGGGGAAGUUGGCAACGUUUGAGCCAUCCCAGCGUCAGAGCGGAGCCGGAGUCGUCCCCUGGUCGCCUCCACAGGUCAACUGGAACCCCUGGACCAGCAGCAACAUCGACGAGGGGCCGCUGGCCUACUGCACUCCGGAGCAGAUCAGUGCCGACCUUCAUGAUGAGCUGAUGUGCCAGCUGGAACAUGAUGACAACCUACAGAAGAUCCUGUUGGAUCGCGACCAGCUGCCUGUCAAACAGUUUGAGGAGGAGAUCAUGGCCGCCGUGGAGAGCAACGCGGUGGUGAUCAUCAGAGGAGCGACGGGCUGCGGUAAAACCACCCAGGUUCCUCAGUACAUCCUGGACCGCUUCAUCAAGGCAGGAAGAGCCUCCGACUGCAACAUCGUGGUCACCCAGCCCAGGAGGAUCAGCGCCGUGUCGGUGGCCGAGCGGGUCGCCUACGAGCGAGGAGAGGAUGUCGGGAAGAGCUGUGGCUACAGCGUUCGCUUUGAGUCCGUCCUCCCUCGACCGCACUCCAGCAUCCUCUUCUGCACCGUCGGCGUUUUGUUGCGGAAGCUUGAAGCAGGAAUCCGAGGCAUCAGUCACGUCAUCGUCGAUGAGAUCCAUGAGAGAGACAUCAAUACGGACUUCCUGAUGGUGGUCCUCAGGGACGUGAUCCAGGCCUACCCUCAGGUCCGCAUCCUCCUCAUGUCGGCCACCAUCGACACCACCAUGUUCAGAGAAUACUUCUUCAACUCCCCCGUCAUCGAGGUGUUCGGACGCACCUUCCCUGUUCAAGAGUAUUUCCUGGAGGACAGCAUCCAGAUGACCAAUUUCGUCCCUCCACCAAUGGACCGCAAGAAGAAGGAUAAAGACGAGGAGGGAGGAGAGGAAGAUACCAACUGUAAUGUGAUCUGUGGGCCGGAGUACUCUGCGGAGACGAAGCGCUCCAUGGCUCAGAUCAACGAGAAGGAGACGUCCUUCGAGCUGGUGGAGGCUCUUCUGAAGUACAUCGAGACGCUGCAGGUGGCCGGAGCCGUGCUCAUCUUCCUGCCCGGCUGGAACCUCAUCUACUCCAUGCAGAGACACCUGGAGACCAACCCGCACUUUGGAAGUAGCCGGUACCGGAUCAUGCCGCUCCACUCACAGAUCCCCAGAGAGGAGCAGAGGAGGGUGUUUGAACCGGUGCCCGACAACAUCAGGAAGGUGAUUCUGUCCACAAACAUCGCAGAGACGAGCAUCACCAUCAACGACGUCGUCUACGUCAUCGACUCCUGCAAACAGAAGGUGAAGCUCUUCACGUCCCACAACAACAUGACUAACUACGCCACCGUCUGGGCCUCAAAGACAAACCUGGAACAGAGGAAAGGACGAGCCGGUAGAGUCCGAGCCGGGUUCUGCUUCCACCUCUGCAGCCGAGCUCGAUUCGAGAGGCUGGAGACUCACAUGACUCCAGAGAUCUUCAGGACUCCGCUGCAUGAAGUCGCUUUGAGCAUCAAACUGUUGAGACUCGGCGCCAUCGGACACUUCCUGUCCAAGGCCAUCGAACCGCCGCCGCUGGACGCCGUCAUCGAGGCCGAACACACUCUGAGAGAGCUGGACGCUCUGGACACCAACGAUGAGCUCACUCCUCUGGGACGGAUCCUGGCUCGGCUGCCCAUCGAGCCUCGUCUGGGGAAGAUGAUGAUCAUGGGCUGCAUCUUCCACGUUGGAGACGCCAUGUGCACCAUCUCAGCCGCCACGUGUUUCCCGGAGCCGUUCGUCAGCGAGGGGAAGCGUCUCGGCUUCGUUCACAGAAACUUCUCCGGCAGCCGGUUCUCGGACCACGUGGCUCUGCUGUCCGUCUUCCAGGCCUGGGACGACGUCAGGAUUAACGGCGAGGACGCAGAAAACCGUUUCUGUGAACACAAGCGUCUCAACAUGUCGACUCUGAGGAUGACCUGGGAGGCCAAAGUCCAGCUGAAGGAGAUCCUGGUCAACUCUGGAUUCCCUGAAGAGUGUCUCAUGACCCAGAUGUUCAACACGGUGGGACCGGACAACAACCUGGACGUGGUGGUGUCUCUGCUGACCUUCGGCUCGUACCCCAACGUCUGCUACCACAAAGAGAAGAGGAAGAUCCUGACCACCGAGGGCCGCAACGCCCUCAUCCACAAGUCCUCCGUCAACUGUCCCUUCAGCAGCCACGACAUGAGCUACCCGUCACCGUUCUUCGUCUUCAGCGAGAAGAUCCGGACCCGGGCCAUCUCGGCUAAAGGGAUGACUCUGGUCAGUCCUCUGCAGCUGCUGCUGUUCGCCUGCAAGAAGAUCAGCUCCAACGGAGACGUCGUGGAGCUGGACGACUGGAUCAAACUGAGGAUUCCUCACGAGGUGGCGGGCGGCGUCGCUGCCCUGCGGGCCGGACUGGAGGCUCUGGUGGUGGAGGUGACCAAAGACCCCGAAUACGUCCGACAGAUGGACCAGAACAACCAGCAGCUGCUCAACCUCAUCAGACUCACAUCCAAACCCUCCACUGCUGGACUCAACAUGACGGCCAGCAGCCAGAGAAUGGGAGACGGUCCUCGACCUCCUAAGAUGGCACGCUUUGACGGAGGAGGAGGAGGAUACAGAGGAGGUGGAGGAUACAGAGGAGGAGGGGGAGGAGGAUAUGGUGGAGGAGGAGGAGGAUACAGAGGUGGAGGAGGAUAUGGAGGAGGAGGAGGAGGAUACAGAGGUGGAGGAGGAGGGGGGUACAGAGGAGGAGGUGGAUAUGGAGGAGGAGGAGGUUACGGAGGAGGAGGAGGAAGAGGAAGUGGAGGAGGAGGAGGAUACCGAGGAGGUGGAGGAGGAGGAGGAUACCGAGGAGGUGGAGGAGGAAGUGGAGGAGGAGGAAGUGGAGGAGGAGGAGGAGGAUACCGAGGAGGUGGAGGAGGAAGUGGAGGAGGAGGAGGAUACCGUGGAGGAAGAGGAGGAGGUUAUUAACAUGAAGGAAAUGGGAGGGAGGUUAUAGAGCUGGUCUAGGAUACAGAGGAGGAGGUUAUAGAGGAGGUGGAGGAGGAGAAGAAGGAUACAGAGGAGGUCAGCGCCUCCUUUCAUCGUCACUGAUCUCCACAAACUAAAAGAAUCAUCAGAUCUGGAUUUCUUCUCACGUUCAGUGACUUGUUGUUGUUGUUGUUGUUGUUGUUGUUGUUGUUGUUGUUGUUGUUGUUGUUGUGAUCAUGUCAGUGAUGAUGAUGAAGAUGAUGUUUGAGAUGAAGCAUGUUAUCUUUUAGUAUUUUUGUCACCAAUAAACCCUUCAGACCUGA